AGCACAAGCGCAAAGCAGAAAUCUUGGCGUUUCUCGCGGCCCUACCACCGUGUCCGCCCGGUGCCCAGCGUCCUCCCACCUCCCCCGCCCGCCUCAUCAGCUCGUCUCCUGUGAUGACGAAGAUGAUGGUGGCCGGGUGUCAGAGGCUUCAAUGUUCCCUUCAGCCUGUGGGUGUCCAAGAAGCGCAGGCCGCCGGGGCGACAAGGGAAAUGGCUUCUCCGGCCUUGCAUUGAUGGGGUGCCCAGAGCAAGCAUAAAUAUAGCCUACCAGAAUUCAUUCCCUCCCGAGCUCAUCAGCCUCGGAGCUUCUCUCUCUCUCCUUCUCCGUUCCCUUUGGCUAGCUCCAGCUCUGGUCCGCUCUAGCCAGCUAGUUUUUUUCCUCUCUCUCUCUCUCUCUCUCUCUCUCUCUCUCUCUCUCUCUCUCGGUCUCGUCUUGUUUCUCUUCCCCCCUUGAACCUUGAUCGGUCCUGAUUCCGGCCUGCCAUGGAGUCCUCCUCCCACAUCACCGGGGACGACGGCGGCGAGGGCUGCAACAGCUGCGAGUCCGGCUGGACAAUGUACCUCGCCUCCCCGAUGCAUGGCGACGACGCCGGCGGCAGCGGCAAAGGAAGCGGCAGCGAAGGGAGCAGCGUGGAUGAUGGCUACGGAUACAUCAUCAGCGACAGGAGGAGCGGCAAGAAGGCUUACGAAGAUUACGCAGACGCCGACGACGACGAUUCCCUGGCGUCCGACGCUUCCACCGGACCUGCCAAAGAGAAGGCGCCGUCGUCCCUGCCGGAAGACGGCGAGAAAGAAGACGACGGAGGCCGCGGGAAGAACAGCGGCGCUGCCGGCAAGGAGGACGAGGAAGAAGGCGACGUGGGAACCAAGUUCCCGACGACCUCCCGCAAGAAAGCCGGCAAGGUCGACAAAGGCGGGGAAGGCAACUCGUCAAGGCGAGGCAACAACAAGAGAGGCAGCUCCUCACGGAGAAGCUUCUUCCUCUGGUAAAUUAAACGAUCGACCAGACUAUAUGUAUUAGUGUACUAGGAUGCUGUACGUCUCGUGCACCUUCUCGCCAUUGCCGAUUGAGCUCUCAGAACCUUGUUAGAAGAAGCAUCGAGCAUGCAUUCAUGGAGAUCAAAGGGAAGGCUCCUUUUUGGUCCUUGUUUUUGCCUUCCGUGGCGUUCUCCUCCUCGUUGACCACCCAGUAGUAGGCUAGCCGUUGCCGUGUAAAAAAAAAAUCUACUGUAACCUCUGGUCAUUGAUCUUCAGUGCCCUGCUUUUAAUGUUGCUUGCAAUCUCCUUCUGUGUUUCUAGAUAUUAAUGAACAACUGCUCUAGCUCAGAACCUA